AUGGAAGACAUGUUGAGGGCAUGUGUACUAGAUUUUAAAGGGUCUUGGGAGAAACAUCUACCCUUAGUUGAAUUUGCUUAUAACAAUAGCUACCAAGAAAGCAUCGAGAUGGCACCUUUCGAGGCAUUGUAUGGGCAUUCGUGUAGAUCACCGGUAUGUUGGACUGAAGUGGGAGAUUCACCCUUGCUAGGCUCAGAUCUAGUUCGUAAAACUACCGAGAAAAUAGCCCUCAUUCGAAAAAGAAAAGGGUUGAUGAGAUUUGGCCAGAGCGAAAAGCAAUCACCUAGAUUCAUCGGCCCCUUUGAUAUCAUUGAGCGGAUUGGAGAAGUUGCAUAUCGCCUUGCAUUGCCACCACAACUCUCCGGGGUCCACAAUGUAUUUCACGUAUCUAUGCUUCGCAAGUAUGAACCCGAUCCCUCUCAUAUAUUAAAUUGGACGGAGAUUGAGAUAGACGAAGAUGUGUCUUAUGAAGAAAAACCACUCCAAAUCUUAGAUACAAGAGAUCAAGUUUUGAGGGGUAAAAUAAAUCCCUUAGUUAAAGUGUUAUGGCGCCAUCACAGUGUGGAGGAAGCUGCAUGGGAACAUGAAGCGGAGAUUCGUGAGAAAUACCCCGACUUAUUUUCUAAAUUGUGA